AUGUUUGGCAACGAAGGAGACAAUGGAGCCUCCGGCUCUCCCCUUCCCCUUCCCGCAUCACCUCCUCCACUCGAAGAUCUAACCUUCAAUGUCUCGCGAUCCAUCAUGGAGUUCGACCAAGGAGACAAGGGAGUUGCUAACUAUAAAUCUGUCUCUUCCCCUCCUCCUCCUCCUCCUCCUCCUCCUCCUCCUGCAUUCAAAAAUCCAGACUUCAGACGUCUAGUCGAAGAUCCAAACUUCAGACUUUCAAAAUACAUCCUAAAGCCGAUGUCCGCUCCCCCUGGUUAUUUCUACGAACCCAAAGAGCCACUGUCUUAUCACAAUCCAUUUACUUCACCUACCGGUCAUUAUUUCCUUUACGGCACCCUGGCUGAUCCGACUAUACUCCGGGAACUUCUCAGUCUAAAAACCGAGCCACAACUUCGACCUGUCGUGUAUGGGUCUGUCUAUUACGUUGAGACAGAAAGGCAGGGAGACACACUUGCUGAUUACGAAACGAACAAUUAUCAGACUACCCCGUGCUAUAUCACCUUUACCAAUGGAGGUGAGCCCGGAAAUAUCUUUGGUCAUGUUUUCGAGUUCUGUGAGAAUGAAGGAGAGUCGAACGAUGGCAGUUUUGAUCUGCAGGCUUUGCUGGGGAGCUUGAUGAAGAUAGCUGAGGAUUCAUCGGAUGUUGCUGUUGAUGUUGCUUAA